AAAGGAUAGAGCAUUGAGAGAAAGUGUCAUCAACUAUGCGCUUGCACGCUGAUUCAGAGACUUCUACAUGCAUGUCCGAGCAUGAGCAGUUUGAUAUGAGGUUUCUAAGGUGGGUGGAGUUUCGAACUUGGAACGGUGUUGUCCGAACACGGCAUGCUGCGGCGUUAAACCCGUCGUUUCGUCGAUUCAGAUAAAGAACUGUGGGCACCACUGCACUGUAAAUCCUCGAAAGCAGACAAUUAUACCGCUGGGAAAAAAACCUUCGGGCAGAGAAGAUGGGACGCGUUCACAAGAUACAAUUUAGUGCUCUACGCAUUUUAAACAUUAGAGGAGGGGUUAUAUAAAACACACAACAUGAACCGAUGUCAUAUGUGUAGCUUUAGGUAGCAUCAUUUCUGACUGCUAAGAAAUGAUUGUUUAGUUUUACAUGCUUUUAGUAACUUGCGGACUCCUACAAAACCAUUCCCUGCUUGUAUGUUGACAUCAAAGUAAUUGAUGCCUGAUUAUGGACGAUGACAUAUGGUUUCUAUAGUUGUUGGUGAUACACGCUUCGAGCCACAUAGUUUACUCCUUUUCAACCGAUGCCGGGUAAAUAACAAACUGAC